AUGGCCCAGAUGUUGCUGCGACCUGUGCUCGUCCUCGCUGUGCUGCUCUCUCUCACCUGCAGCGCCAUCGCCGGCCGUCAUUUGCUCCAAACUGACAACACUUUCUACCACGCAACGUCUAACAUGUGCUCUACGGGCAAAAUGACAGCUUCGUGUACGCUGGAUGCUAACGUCACAACCACAUACCAGGUUACCAACUUCACUAUCCGCGUUUCGGGUGCACCCGUCUCGUCUGCCACAACAAUCACCAAUCCGAAAAUCUACACCUACGGCACUGGCAACACUGUGGUCGAGUUCAACUGCACAUUCACGGCGGAUCCGAAAUCCAGCACUUAUAGCUGCAACGUUGCAGAAAAGGUGUCACUCACUUACGCGUCCAAGCCAGUCGGCACCUUGAAGGCGUUGAUCGAUGCUGGGCUGCUCAAGAAUCCUCCGCCCUUGCUUGUUUCGGUUCAAGUUAGCGGCGUCACCAACAUCAAGGGGUCGGUCUCAGCAACUGCGACCAGCUACUGA